GGUUUCUUGGUAGUAGCAGAGACGAGGGAGGGUGAGCACAGGACAGAAGAGUGGAAAAAAAUCAUAUGCACUAUGUCUGAAUAUAUCUUCUAUUUGUAGAUAAUUGCAUCCGAGGUGCACUUCUGCCUUUAAAUUCCGUUUCUGGACACCUCCUUUUCCAUCCAGCCAGCUGGGAGAGACAAAGCCCUUUUGGUGCCCUGAGCGACAGAACUCUGGUAGGGGGCUGGCUGGCUGUAAAUUGACGUGGCAUGGAAAUUCUCCGCUAAGUUGUAGCAGCUUUCGAGCUAAGAUCAAGCGCAGCCUCCAGGAACUGGAACUGAACCAUGGGCUCAGUAACUUUUCAGAAAAAUGGAUAGUAAAAGUCUUCAACGUCUCGCUUUGGACCUGGACGUUUUCUUUUUGGCUUUCUAUGAUUUAGCUGAAAACCAAACCAAAGCAGUUAAGUCUGUAACUUUGUUUUUGCAGCUUAAACAGGAGAAUUUGCUGCUCUCCCUCCCCUUUCCUGCAAUUUAAUUCCUUACAGACUUUGCCAUGGGGUGCGGACUUAGAAAGCUAGAAGACCCCGAUGAUAGCAGCCCUGGAAAAAUAUUUUCUACCCUGAAGAGACCGCAAGUGGAAACAAAGACGGAAUUUGCUUAUGAAUAUGUGUUGCUGGAUUUCACUUUACAAGCUUCAACAAACCCAGAAGUCAUCAAGAUAAAUUCAGUUCUGGAUAUAAUUACAAAAGUGGAAGACUAUUAUCUUAAAGGAUAUAUUGUUGGGGCCAUUCAUCCUAUAAUACAACCUGUAGGGCAGCGAAAACAUCUACCAGCAACUUAUCUCUACAGAGUGGUGCUGUCACGCUUGAAAUUAAGCCCUAAGCAUUCAGCAGCACCCAGUGGUCAAAGGCGCCCAAGACUUGUGAUUGAGGAGUGUCCACUAACUUAUGAGACACAAGCAAAUGACGCAGCUAAAGAACUCAUAGAAAAGGCUAAUGUUGCUGCUAAAAGAGGAAUGAAAUUUGUUGGAUUCAUAUCACAGCAUUACCCUUCCUCUAAAUACUGUAAUGGAACUAACCAUGAUGGAGAUGCAGAAUUGGUACUGCCUGUGAGACACAGUUCAGAUGACAACAAAAGCUGGAAUGAAGGCGCUGUAAGCGGGCAGUCGUCAGAAAGCGGGACUGAGGAGGAACCUCAGCAUGAAGGUGGACAGUGUCAAACAGAAGGAAAUGGCAGUCCCAGCAACUCCAAACCAAAGCAAGGAGACGGUAACAGACAGGAUAAUAGAUUAUACAUGGUUUUCAAUGCUUUUGGAGAUGAUUCGGCCUGCUGGACCUAUCAGGAAGGCAUCCUGUCCAUGAAAGUGACAAGGAAGGGAGCUGUCAUCAGCACACUUGAUGCCAACUGGCUGGAGUUAACUACAUUUUAUUAUAAGCAAGGCUUGUCUUUAAUAGACUCUUUUGUAUGCUGGGAGACACCAAAAGGGGACCAUUUGUCUAAAUCUUUGGAAGGAUUUUUUAUCUAUGAAGAAGAAGGUUUUGGAGUUCCAGGCUCUAAUAGGAAAGGAAAUGAUGCUAUUGUGGUAGAACAAUGGACCGUCAUUGAGGGCUGUGAAAUCAAAACAGAUUAUGGCCCUCUGCUCCACACUCUGGCUGAAUUCGGAUGGCUUCUGACAAGCGUGUUGCCUACACCUAUACUGAGACAUGACAGUGAAGGGAAUUUGGCUACAAAGCAGGUCGUGUUCCUUCAGAGGCCCGUCAUGUGGCAUCCAGCUGCUCAGACCCCAGAAAGGAAAGCCAGCCGCCUUCUGAAAGGUGAAGACAGAAACAAAGUGAACACCAGGACCGUCAGCCUGGACACAAACGCAUCCCAACCAGCAGAAGCCCAGGCCCUGCCCGUGGAGGGUCUCCUCUCUACCUCCAGAGAAUGUUGGACCAAGGAGGGGCAGCCAGCACAGUGCAGCAGUUUCUCCGGGUUUAGCAGCAGUGACAGCGUCCUCCGGGAACUGGAUGAUGGACAGUUUGACCAGGAAGAUGGUGUGACGCAGGUCACUUGCAUGUGAGCUGGCGGGUGAAGCAACAGAAGGUUUUGUAAAUAGUUAUUAAAAUGGCUGCCAACUGA